AUAUGUGCUGGGGGUUCUGACUGGGAGUGGCCCAGCUGAGAGACAGGGUGUUUCUUGGCAGGUGCCCCCCCCCCCGAGACCCUCCAGCACACUGCAGUAAGUGCCUGGGUCCUGCCACCCUUGGAAGAGCCAUGACGGAGUAUAAGCUGGUGGUGGUGGGCGCCGGCGGCGUGGGCAAGAGCGCCCUGACCAUCCAGCUCAUCCAGAACCACUUUGUGGACGAGUAUGACCCCACCAUCGAGGACUCCUAUCGGAAGCAGGUGGUCAUCGACGGGGAGACGUGCCUGCUGGACAUCCUGGACACGGCCGGCCAGGAGGAGUACAGCGCCAUGCGCGACCAGUACAUGCGCACCGGCGAGGGCUUCCUCUGCGUGUUCGCCAUCAACAACGCCAAGUCCUUCGAGGACAUCCACCAGUACAGGGAGCAGAUCAAGCGGGUGAAGGACUCAGACGACGUGCCCACCGUGCUGGUGGGGAACAAGUGCGACCUGGCGGCGCGCACCGUGGAGUCGCGGCAGGCGCAGGACCUGGCCCGCAGCUACGGGAUCCCCUACAUCGAGACCUCGGCUAAGACGCGCCAGGGCGUGGAGGAUGCCUUCUACACGCUGGUCCGCGAGAUCCGCCUGCACAAGGCCCGCAAGCUCAGCCCGCCGGACGAGGGUGGCCCGGGCUGCACCAGCUGCCGCUGCCUCCUGUCCUAGCCCAGGCGGCCGAAGGUGGCACCCCACUGGGCCCCGCUGGCCCCGUCCACGGUCCACGGAGAAGGGCCCUGCCCUGGUCCUGCCUGCGGAGGGCUGGACGCUCCUGGCCCCGCCCGAGAAGGGCCGAGCCCUCCUAGCCCUGUCCAGGAAGGGCUGAACUCUUCAAAACCUGCCUAAGAAGGGCGGAUCUCUCCUGGCCCCGCUCACAGAGGAUGGGUUCACUUGGACCCGCCCACGGGUAGGCUCGGGUGCAUUUUGCACCCCUGGGACCACUGGCCUCCGGAGGCGCUUUGCACAGACUGUUGGGGGAACUGCCGCCCCCGGGGCCACUGUGCCGGCCCGGAGGGGCUCAGGCUGGAUCAGUAAAUUAUUGGAUGAUCUUGA